AUGAAAACUGAAGUCUCAACAGCGGCCAGCUUUGUUGCCAGAUUGCUGAAAACAACUGGAUACUUGUCAGAUGACCAACUGAAAGAGUUCACCCAUUCCUUGGAGGAAGCUUUAGGAGGUAUGUAGCUAGCAAGCUUGGGUAAAAUACAUUUGUGUUGUUGACAUCACAUAGCCUAGUUAUAGACUACUAGCUACAUAGUUACUAUUAAGCAAACUAAUUCCCGCUGAGUCUGUUUUUCGCCCAUUGCCCUCUCUUACAGAGCACUACCAACACCACUGGUUCCCCCAGGCUCCAUGCAAAGGCUCGGGAUACAGAUGUCUCAGGAUCAACCACAAAAUGGACCCGUUGAUUGGCAAAGCAGCUUGCACCAUUGGACUUACUCGAGAACAACUCUUCUCCCUGCUGCCCAGUGAACUGACAAUGUGGGUCGAUCCAUUUGAGGUGUCCUAUCGGAUAGGAGAGGAUGGCUCCAUCUGCAUCCUCUACGAGUCCACUCCACCAGUGCCAACUAAUGCCAACACAACAGACAUGAUCAGCUGCAAGGAAGAACUGAGAUUCGGGAGGUCAAGCCCCUCCAAGUCGUUCAACAUGAUGACAGUCUCAGGCUAA